GCCGGCAAGCUGUACCAGGUCAAGAAAAAGAGGCGCGAGAUGGAGAAGAUCAGCACGGUCUUCGUUCGCAGUAUGACGGAGGGCGGCUGGACGGGCUGGACGCAGUUGCUCCAGCAUCAGGACAGCAUGUGUCCCGAGGCCGUGCAAGGCCAUCUAGGAGUACGGCCCUCAGCGUCACGGGCGGCGGAGAUCGUCAUCACAGAGUGCAUGAAGGUCAUGGUGAAGACGGGCCGUGGCUCCAAGGCCGAGGGCAAGAUAGUCAAGCAGGAGGUGCUGUCCGCGCUGGGCAUCGCCGACGCGGAGUGA